GUGCGAGUACGCGAGGGAGCAGUUGCAAUCCGAACAAAGGAGGGUGCCCCAGGGGUAUACCAGGUCGAGCUGCGUUCAUUCAUAGUCAAUGAAGGCAGCCCAUUCAAUACAUUCAGACCAGCCUUGAAGUGAAUGGCGGAGGAGAGAGCGUCUGGAACUUACUGUGCAGGAACCUCCAGCCUUGGUGUUUCUGGUUUUGGGACAUCGGCGUGAGAUCCGAAGUUUGAUGCGAUGGCGACGAGGAAAGGAUUCUCCCAGCAGGAGAUAAACAAAACGGUGUGGGAAGUGUUGGACCGAUACACGGAUCUGAAUCCCGUGGGCUCAGGAGCGUAUGGCACCGUUUGCUCAGCCAUUGACAAGCGAACCGGAGGCAAGGUGGCGAUCAAGAAACUGUACCGGCCCUUUCAGUCCGAGCUCUUCGCAAAACGGGCUUACCGGGAAUUGCGGCUGCUGAAGCACAUGAAACACGAGAAUGUUAUUGGGCUGUUGGAUGUUUUUACACCAGAUCUGUCUUUGGAGAAAUUUCAUGAUCUAUACUUGGUCAUGCCGUUUAUGGGAACAGACCUCAGCAAACUAAUGAAACAUGAGAGACUGACUGAAGAUCGGAUUCAGUUUCUGGUAUACCAAGUCUUAAAAGGCUUAAAGUACAUCCACUCUGCCGGGAUCAUCCACAGGGAUCUUAAACCCGGGAAUUUGGCAAUCAACGAAGACUGCGAGUUAAAGAUCCUGGACUUUGGAUUGGCAAGACACGCUGAUCAGGAGAUGACUGGUUACGUGGUUACCAGAUGGUACCGUGCCCCAGAGGUCAUACUUAACUGGAUGCAUUAUACUCAAACAGUGGAUAUCUGGUCUGUUGGCUGCAUUAUGGCAGAGAUGAUUACAACUCGGCCUCUUUUUAAAGGCAUCGAUCAUCUAGAUCAACUGACAGAAAUCAUGAAAAUAACAGGUACACCGACUCAAGACUUUGUUCAGAAGCUGCAAAGUCAGGAUGCUAAAAAUUACAUCAAAAGCUUGCCGAGGGUCCCAAAGAAAGAUUUUAAAGCGGUGUUUGCAAAUGUAAAUCAAGUGGCUGUCAACCUUUUGGAAAUGAUGCUUGUGCUUGAUGCUGAGAAACGAAUAACUGCUGCAGAGGCCUUGGCUCACCCGUACUUUGAGCAGUACCGAGAUCCCGAGGAAGAGACGGUGGCAAAAGUAUAUGACAAUAGUUUUGAUAAUGUAGACCUCACCAUUGAAGAAUGGAAAUGUCAUACAUAUGAAGAAGUGGUUAACUUUGAGACAUCAGCAGCAGUGCCAGAGUCCAAAGAAACUUCAGUGUAGCUCUGGAAUCAGAAUGACAGGACAAAUCGGGCGAAGUAUAUAUAUUUGUGCAGCAGGGAGCUGUGAAAACAUUAAUUUUAGAUGUUUUGUUUUUAGAAUAUUGAGAAAAAUAUGUACAGUACAGUAAUUCUAUGCCUAUGGCCUCCAUUUCAAACGCAGUGUAACUUCCAAGGUCGAACUAAUAGUACUGCAUAUCAACAUUUCCAAAAAGAUGCCUUUGGAGUUAUAACAUAUUUAAAUAUAUUUUACAUUUAUAGAUUAGAUAUGUUCCUGUUUGAUAAAGUUAAUUUAGAAAAAAAAUCUUGUGUUUAUAGCAAACUUUCCACUAACCUUUACAGUUUUGAAUUUUAUCCUCACUGUUUUGAACUACAGAUUAGUUGGAAAUAAGAGAAGUUGUGAUCCCCUAUUAACAGAAGGUGAUUUGUAGCAUAUUAACCUCUUAUCAAUGGUUAUGGGGAGUGGGGCUGAGGAGGGGGAAAGAAUAGAAUCAGCCAUGAUUGAAUGGCCCCGCAGACUCAAUGGGCCAAUUCUGCUCCUGUCUCCUUAUGGGCUUAUAUUUUCAGCAUAGUUUUCUAAGCCUCAUUUGUAAAGAUACCAAAUGAUGUAUUUACAAUUUUGUUCAAUUAUGCUACUGUGAAGACCCGUGGAAUAUUUUACUACAGUAUAUUGUACGUUCUGUAUAAAUAUGAGUUGUAGUUAGUAGCAGGGGAUAGACAGUCCCAAUUUCAGUCUCUUGCCUACUCUAGUUCCAUGCUGUUUCACCUCUUACACUAGGAUUCUGCAGGUACCACUGGUAAGAUAAUAUAAAACGAGUUAUUUAAAUUACAACAUAAAAUCUGAACUAUUCCAAAUUCCGUUACUGGGGUUCCCAACCUGGGGUCCACAGAUCCUUUGCUUAAUGGUAUUGGUCUGUGGCAUAAAAAAGUAUGGGAACCCCUGCUCUAUAACAACACAGGAACAUUCAUUAGAAGUAUAGAGUUCUACGUUAGCGUAGAGGUUAAUACAACACUAUUACAGUUUGGGUCUUAGGGAGUUCAGAGUUCAAUUCCGAUGUCCUCUGUAAGGAGUUUGUACAUCUUCCCUGUGGAAUACGUGGGUUUCCUCCGGGUGCUCCGGUUUCCUCCCACGGUCCAAAGGCGUACCGGUUAGUAGGCUAAUUGGUCAUUGUAAAUCAUCCUGUGAUUUGUCUAGGGUUAAAUGGGUGGGAUACUAACACUGUAUCUCAAUAAAUAAGAUAAAAUAAAUAAUCAUCAGAGAUUACAUUUUCAAAUCCUGCUCAAAAUCCAAUGAUGAACUGACUUCAAGAAUUUCUUUAUGGUACAUGCAGUACUGGCCAGAUUUUACUCACUUUUCCUUUGCUUUCAAUAUUCCUAGUGAAUAACAUUCAGUCAACUCCAUUUGCUAAACUGUCUUUCAAGUCCCAGUGAAAUUGACAGCAAAAACCCCACUGUAUGACGUUCGUGAGACUUGUAUAUUCCUAUUGUCUUUGUAUGGAGGGAGGAACAUGCUUUCUGUAAUGCAUCUGAUUCCUGUGUAUACAGGGCAGGCAACUGUGUACCAAGCCAGAAUACAGAAUUGCUUACAAACUGUGUCUAUUCUAAGCUUGGAGGUGCCCUUUAGAAUUUUUUAUUCAAUAUCGCAGUACAGUGGAUUCUGGUUAACUGGGCCAUUGGUUAGUCAGGACAGAUGCUUAUUUGGGACAACUCUUAAAGGACAAAAACUAAUCAAGAAAAUAGCCGUUUAAUUGAGGCAGGAGACCGUUGCCGAACAGGUUCUAACUAGGGUCAGUCACGCGCACACAUGUGGCCGUUAGACACUACACCAUGCUUCAAGUGAAUAGUGAGAGAAAAUAAAACAGUUUCUCUACUUCAACAAGUUAGGAACUUCCAAGAAUUUGGAGGUUUUGAUAAUCAUUUUUAAUGUUACAAUGAAAAUGAAGAUUUGGAGAAUGCAGUUGGAUGAAUUCCUUUGUUGAUAACUAUUAGCAACUAAUACAUAGUUCUUAUAGUUCUGUAGUACCAUUGGUAGUGUUCUAAUUUGUUCUCUAUUUCAUUUAAAUACAUAAUUUGUUCCUCAGUUUGGCUUUUUAAAAUACCUUUUAAACUAUUUUCAUAAACUUUGACUAAUUCAAUGGUUCGAUGGUUCCAUUUAAUAUCAGAGAAUGUAUACAAUAUACAACCCGAAAUUCUUACUCUCUGCAGACAUCCUCAAAACAGAACAAAACCUUCAAAGAAUGAGUGACAGAAAAAAAAUGUAAGUACAUUAAAGCCCCCUGCCCCCUCCCACACAAAUACAGCGGCAAGUAGCGUCAAUCCUCACCAUCCCCCUCCCCCACUUACUCUAGCAUAAAGCAUCAACAUUCCCACCACCCACCAUGCAAGACAAUAGACAAUAGGUGCAGGAGUAGGCCAUUCAGCCCUUCGAGCCAGCACCACCAUUCACUGUGAUCAUGGCUGAUCAUCCACAAUCAGUACCCUUUUCCUGCCUUCUCCCCAUAUCCCUUCACUCCGCUAUCUUUAAGAGCUCUAUCUAACUCUUUCUUGAAAGAAUCCAGAGAAUUGGCCUCCACUGCCUUCUGAGGCAGAGCAUUCCACAGAUCCACAACCCUCUGGGUGAAAAAAGUUUUUCCUCAACUCUGUUCUAAAUUGUCUACCCCUUAUUGUUAAACUGUGGCCUCUGGUCCAGACAGACAAGCCCCGAAAGAGAGACCAUGGUCUACAGUACAUCAAAAACUAGCAGUUCACGCCACAUCCCAAAGACACUCUCUCUCAUUAACACAAGGGAGAGACAGAUAUCGCUCCUUCCACAGCGAGAGGGUAGACCACAGUCACUAUUUCAAUGUUACAGUCAAUCUGAAGUGUUGCUUUUUAUUUUGAGUUCCCCGACCCAAAAAUUGGCAGCAAAUUCUCCCUCGCUAUCGAGAGAGCAAGAGAGAUCAAUUAGCGAGAGCAGAGGUAUCCGAUAGCCACUCCCAAUGCCUUCAGUGUUCCAGAUCCAGCUAUGCUUCAGUUCAUGACACCAGAGCGGGUUCCUGUCCACUAGCCGUGCAAGUCCCCAAAGGCGCCCGACUUCAGGCUGAACCUGGACAUAUCGAAAUGUGGUUAAUCGGCAAGCUCCAAGAAUGGGAACACACCGCUGUGCAGAAUCACGGUUUUGUGUGGUGGUGGAGAUCAAAGAUCCUGACAGGACAGAAACCCAACCACCCUGAGAAGGAAAAUAGAGACAUUAGAAAAGGAAGAAAUGAAGUGUUUUGCUGAUGAGCUGGGAGAAGUCACCCUCUGGCACCAUCUUUAGCCACUUAAUUGGGCCAAAAUAUACAGGUCCUGAUGUAUCCCAAUUAACCAGAAUCCAUUGUAUUUGUAAGAAGCAUAAUAAAGAAAUGGAGAAAAAGAAAGACAAAGAAUAAAACAAAUCAUUUUUUAAAUCUCAAAUUAAUAUGCAAAAGAACAAGGAUCUUUUUAACAUCAGUUUCCAUUCAUAGUGGUUGUUUGGCAACAAUUAAGACUCCCUAAACUAUUAAAACUUUACUUGUAUUAGACUGCCUAAGCUCCAAAGUUGAAUUCAUGUACAUUAGUUAAAUACAGCUCUAUCUAUUACAAUGUGAAAAUAACACUCACGCACAAAGUAUCUCAGGCAACAUCUUCCUGAUUUAUACAUUUUUACUGGACAUUUACGUCUGUCAUAUGUUACUGUCUGAUUAACAGGCUAUUAAUGUGGAAUGCUGUGUACAAUCAAUUACUUUUACUGUAAAAUUCUGCCCAUUCUCUUUAAAAUACUUGCAAGCAUACUUUUGGAUAUUUAUUGCUAUUUUGUAGUGAUUUCAUUACCAUUUGUACUAUACAUCAGGCAGUAUUUCAUCUGGGAUAUCACACACCUCUAAAUGUGUGAUCUCCACACAUUCUUUUGUCACUUUUGAUACCUACACUCAAAUUUACUGUUGUGUUCCUGAAAGAACACUGUGAAUUGCAUUUUGGUACACAAUAAAUUGUGAACUGUAUUGAAAGUAAACUACAUGAGGGAAAAAUAUUAGAAUAUCCUUUAAAAGGUUGAAA